UAUUUUGUCUCGUGCUCAAAAGCAACUUACUCGGCAUGGGUACUUGCUGCGGGUGCUGUGGCUACAGCAACGACGAGCACGAGGAGCCCCUGCGCAUCCGCACGAAUCCGGGGCCUCGGCUCCACCGGCGCUGCACGGAUGUGCCCUGCUGCAUCCUCUUCCUGGCGGUCUUAGCCUGUACCGCGGUGCUGGUGGACUAUCUCGGCGAGAAGGGCGACCUCAGGCUCAUAGACCACGGCCGCGACCACGCGGGGGACUUGUGCGGCCUCGGCAGCCAGGCCAGCAGACCAUACGCCUUCUACCCAGACCUGGAGACUGACUUCAAGAAGGACCCUACCUUGAGGCGCCACUACGGCGUCUGCGUGGAUUCCUGCCCGAAGGUCGGCCAGUCGGUGCCAGACUCUGGCACUUCCGCUCGGGCAGCCAGCUGGCUUGUGCUGCAGCCCUCCUUCCCGGUGUUUCAACGCUGCGUGCCGUACCAACAGCCCGUGGAUUCCGGCACCACGGCCCUUUGCGCCUCCCCCGCCUGCAGCCCACCGGCGGCUGGGGUCGCACCCACUGCACCGCAGCAGGUCUGCGGCCUGGCGCGGGACGGCACCGACAAGUUCUGGCUGCUGGAGCCGCCGGACGCCUCCAUUCAGGACGGUUGGCGCGGUGGAGGCGCGGACGAAGCCUUGAUCCAGGCGAGAACCUCCAUGGCGGCCACGGCGGCUUCGUCGGGCGCGGCGGCGGGCUGCGCGCAGCGGGUGAAGCGCCAGGCGGAGGUCUCGGUGCUGCCGCUGGACGAGGGCCUGCCCAACCUGCUGCUGGCCUCCGUGACCAGCCCGGCGUACACCUUCGGCAACGCCGUGGCGGACAACUUGGGCCUGGUCCUGGGCCUGGGCCUGGGCGGGGCUCUCGUCCUCUCGGUGGCGAUCAUGCUGAUGUUCCCGCUUUGCGCCCCCCCAGUGCUGAUCCUUCUGUUGCUGGUGGUCUUUUUCACCCUCGUGGCGGCAGACUACGUGCUCUUCGUGCAGGCAGGCAUCGCCACGGGCCGCACCGGGGAGCGCUUCACGCAGUUCCUGGCCAGCUUAGACAUCAAUGUGCCACCAGGCGCUGAGAGUCUGCUGACCCAGGCGGGGGACGAAUCCUCGGGCCAGCUGUGCGCCAUCGGCGGAUGUUGCCUGGCGGUGGCCAUCGCGCUGCUGGCCUGCCUUCUGCUUUCCAUGGCGCGGCAGUUCAAGAUCUUGAUCGCGCUGCUCAAGGAAGCCGGGAACAUGAUCCGGGUGGUGCCCUCUCUCCUGGCCUUGCCGAUCUUCCUGCUGGCCAGCCUCGCGGUGUUCUUCGGCCUCUUCCUGGUGGCGUUCCUGGGCUUGGCCACGGCAUCCCAGGAUGAGGUCCAGGAGACCAAGCGAGUUGACGACGAGAGGACGAAAGCCCAUUGGGAUCUGCCACCUGCCAACCGGUGA